AUGCCGUCUAUUGAACCUCGGCACACGGCACGGUCCCAGCGAUUGAAGACAGCAGAAGCCAAGGAAGGUGGAAAUCAUCUUCCAGUAGCCCCUUUAGCAAGAAUGACAGGACAUCAGCCCAAAAGGGACCUCACCCGCUUUGUCAAAUGGCCUGACCACAUCUGGCUGCAGCGGCAAAGAACUAUCCUCUAUAAGUGGCUGAAAGUGCCUCUCUUGAUUAACCAGUUCACCCAGGCCUUGGACCACCAAAGAGUUACUCAACUGCUUAAGCUGGCCCACAAGUGCAGACCAGAUAUGAAGCCAGAGAAGAAGCAGAGGUUGUUGGCUCAGGCUAAGGAGAAAACUGCCAGCAAAGGGGAUGUCCCCACAAAGGGGCCACCUAUCCUUCCAGCAGGGGUUAAUACUGUCACUACAUUGGUGGAGAAGAAGCUUUAGCUGGUGGUGAUUGCCAAUGAUGUGGAUCCCAUCAAGCUGGUUGUCUUCCUGCCUGCCCUGUGGCAUAAGAUGGGGGUUCCCUACCACAUUAGCAAAGGGAAGGCCACUGGAGAUCCAUUCCACAGGAAGAAUUGUACCACUGUCACCUUCACACGAGUUAACUCAGCAGACAAAGGACCUCAGGCUAAGCUGGCGGAAGCUAUUAGGACCAAUUACAAUGACAGAUAUGAUGAAAUCUGCCAUCACUGAGGAGGCAACAUCCUGGGUCCAAAGUUGGUGGCUUGCAUUGCCAAGCUGGAAAAGGCAAAGGUCAAAGAACUGGCCAUCAAACUGAGCUAA